AUGUCGGAAUCGCCCAGGCCUGAUGGUAGACCUGAAGGACCGCCAAGUCCUUGGUGGACCGUCGGUUGUCCCGUCAAGCUAAGGCAGUAUCAAGAAGAUACGAAAGAUGCAGCAUCAGAUGCUGAGGAGACUAUAAGUUCAACUGCGUACGGAGCCCACAAAGAGGUGUCUCAAAAGGCUAGCGGAAUGGCAAACAUGGCAUCUGACAAAUUAGGUGACGUGAAGAAUGUUGCUUGUGAGAAGGCAAAUCAAGUUAUGGAUGCAGCAGCCGAGAUGGUUUACCGUGCCUAUGAGAGAGGGAAACAUAGUGCAUCAGAUGCUUAUGACUUUGCAUCGGAGAAAGCAGGUAAGGUCAACAAUAUAGCGCAAGAGAAAGCUCAUAAUGCUUAUGACAUUGCCUCUGAUAAGGCACGCCAUGCGAUGAACACGACCUCUGACAUGGCAGCCAAUGCAACAGAAGGUGCCAAACACACAGCUUCCAAGGCUUAUGAUUUUGCCUCUCAGAAAGUGGAUGAUGGCAUGAGAGCAGCUUCUGAAAUGGGUGGUGAAGCCAAAGGCGAAGUGCAAGAUAAAGCUUCAGACAUGGCUUUCAAGGCCAAAGAUAGCACAAAUAAUGCUCACAAAUGCACAUCUGGUGAGAUGAAUCAAGCAAAGGAUAUGGCUUCUAGCAGUGUUGGUAAUGCAAAAGACUUCUUGAAAGUAAAGGCAUCCGAAGCCUACGGUUUUGCUACUGACAAAACGGGUCAAGCUAUGGACAAGGUUUCAGACAUGGCUGGCAAGGCCAAAGGUGGCGCCAAUGAUGUUUACAGAUACAACAUCUGA